AUGAGGCAGACGUUGGUCCCGGCGUUUGCCCUCGCCGGGACAGCCCUGGCCAUGCCUUCGGGGCCGGUCGCGAAGGUGACGAAGAUGCUGUAUGACAUGCAGAUAUGCAACACAAUUUUCCCACGUACACGUACAAACUGCAUAACAAAUUUACAAUUUUGCCAACUUAGAGUAUAUUAGCGCUUGCUGUGCUGAAUAGAAUUGAAGCGCAGUUUUGUCAUGCACAGACCGCAUUUGUACGAGUGCGGAAAAUUUUCUGUGGAUAGCAGGCCGAACUGGAAGCAGAGAGCAAAGCAGACGAUGCCUCCUACGCGAAAAUGCAGUGCUGGUGCAAGAAGACCAUCCCGGCCAAAGAGGCCGCCAUCCAGGAGGCACAGGCGUGCCAAAAGGCGGAAACCGCGAAGAUUGAGUCCGCGAAGGGACGAAUUGCGGAGGCAGAAACGUCAAUAAAGGAGUUAACCGAGCAGAUCGAUUCCGAGACAGAAGCCUUGGAAAUGAUGACCGGACAGAGAAUAAAAGACCAAACGGCUUUCGAGAAGGUAAGACGGGUGUCCUUUGUUUAUUGGAGCUCCCAUUUAAAGAUGAUUCUCAUUUUCUUCGCAGGUGAAGAAGAACAGAACACGUGCUGAUCACUUUUUUCUAAAUUUUUGCGGUGCUGUUCACCGGAUUAGGAUUUAGAUUCCGAAAAAUCGAAAAAAAAUUCUAAACCCCACUUACAGAAACAAAAAGAGCUGACCCAGACGGUGUCUGCGCUCGCUCAAGCCGUCGAGGUGCUGUCCAAGCACAACACCGGGUUUCUGCAGUCGACCCAGGGCAACCACAUCUUCAAGAAGGCACAGACCCUGCUGCAGUCGCAGGUGACGAAGCUGGGCUCCCACAUCAACUCCGUGAUCAACCCCAGCCAAAGGGAAUUGCUGAAGAACUUCCUGCAGCAGCCCACCUUCGGCGCCUACGGCUCGGCGUCCGGACAGGUGUUCGGCAUGCUGCAGUCGAUGCACGACGAGUUCACAAAGGAUUUAGCCGAGGCCCAGGACGCCGACGCAGCGGACGCGAAGGCGUUUGCGGCGGGCAAGGAAAUUAAGCUGAAGCUGAUCGCUGACGCCAAGGCCGCAAAGAAGAAGUCAGAAGCGGCUUUGGCCUCAGCGAAGGAAGAGCUCGGUAUUUGUUUUUUGAAUUUAAAUAGCAUCCUGCGUGCUGCAUUUUAUUGCAUUUUUUUCAUUUUGAGCGAAUACACUAGAACACGAAUCAUCCUAAAUUAUUCCAAACACAGGCAACGCGGAGGCCCAGCUCGCCGCGUGCACGGAGACCCUCGGCGCGGAACAGUCCAUGCUCGAGGAGGUUAUCGCCGACUGCCAGCAGAACGUCAAGGAUUACGAGACCCGCACGGCCGACCGCGCCACGGAAAUGAAGGCGGUGGAUAUGCAAUGCAAAAGCAUCGUACUAGUAUAAAUUUAAAUUGCAUUACAAAUUAGCCCAGCAUUACAAAUUAAAUUUGUAAUAAUUAAAUUUGUAAUGCUGAUUCACCUUAAGAAAAAUAUUUGUAAUGCAAGACCUGCAUUUAUACGAGUGCGAUACUUUUGCACUGGAUAGUGGACACCGCGAUCAAAUUCCUCGACUCCGACGAGGCCCGCGAUCUGUUCCAGGACACGUUUUCCUUCCUGCAAGUGAAAGCCGCGUCCAAGGAGCAAGUCCAAAACUCCAAAGACAUGCUGCUCGCCGCCGCGAAGAAGUACAACGAUGUGCGGAUCACGAUUCUCGCCCAGAAGGUCCGCGCCGGCGCGUUCGACAAGAUCAUCGCUGCGAUCGACGAGAUUGUGAAGGAGUUGAAGCUCACGUUGAAAAACGACCAGGCGCAGUUCGACGGGUGCAACGAGUUCAUCAAUGCGAAGACGAAGCUCGUCGAGGAGCUGACCGGGCAGCUGGAAACGCUCGCGGCGGAGGCCGACACGUUGCAGACCGGGAUUGACGAAUUGAAGUCAGCGAUUGAGGCGUUGGAGAAGGACAUCGCGGCCUCGACCCUGACCAUGAACCAGGCCGCGGCGGAGCGGAAGGAGGCCAACGCGGCCUUUGCGCUGGAGCAGAAGAACAACGACGCGGCGCACAAGCUGCUGACUAAGACGAAGGCGGUACAGAUGUGAUGACUGUGAAGUAAGUACUUAGUUGGAGCCUCAUUUGUUAAACAAAAAGAGCGAUAUUGCAGUUAGGUGUUUCACUUUCGCUUCCUUCGAAAACUUUAGUGUUGACCCCCUGAGGAUUCAGAUUCUGGCUUCUUCAAAUUUCGUUUUCAAUAAAUUUCUAUUAGGUCCUCGCGGAAGCCUUUACGUCCACUACUGGCGCGUACAGCUCCGGUGCGGCCGGCGCUGCGUUCCUGGAGCAACCCGACCGACCCGAUGCGUUUAAGCAGUACGAGGUGAACCAGGGCGGCAACAAGGUGUUGGAAAUGAUCCAGGGCAUUUUGGACGACACGGAGAAGGCGAUGGCCGACGCCUUGAAGCAGGAGAACAUGGAGCAAAAGUCCUACGAGGACCUGGUAAAGGACCAGAACACGCUGAUCGUCAGUAUCAAGUGUAAAAGUGUCUGGGUCUGGAAGAGUGCGCGACUUUUCAUGCAGCUUUUCCAUGACCCAUGAAGCCCGGAAUGCAGGACCUAGCAUGACAGAUUCUGCGCGAUCUCUCUCAUGCCUAUCCUGCUUGAGAAACUCCCUCCCGACUUGGUCAAAACUGGACGACUUUUGGUAAUCAUGCAACACAGAUUUGCUCAUGCUUCAGAUUUAGCAUGACAGGUUGCAUUCUUCCAGACCCAGACACUUUUGCAUUUGAUAGUCAGCUACCAGAAGCAAAUCAGCGAGAAGGAAGGAGAGAAGGCGCAGAAAGAGGCGGAAUUGGCGCAGAACAAGAAGACCACGAAGGCGACCGAAGAGACCAAGAAGGUUGAGUCCGACCUGUUGGCCGGGAAGAAGGAGGAGUGCGCCUUCAUUCUGGGCAACAUUGGCGUCAGGAAGGUGCACAUGAACGGCGAGAUCAAGGCUCUGAACGACGCGAAGGCCUACUUGAAAGGCAUGGAGUAAGGCGAAAUCUCUUCGUAGUACGAAAAGCGUUUCGAUGAACUCGAAUAAGUGGAGCAGGUUAAUCUGGGGAAAAAAGGACAGAAACCGACACAAAUGGAAAGCGCAUUUUCCACACGGCUGACGUUGAGAUGUUAGUAAUUACUGGUAGCGCAGAAGCUUCAGUCUCGAUUGUAGAAUUUAUGUUUCCCAACACACCAGCACCAAAUGCGGCUCCGUCUUCACCAUAACCCUGUUAUUUUACUUUCGUUAUUGCAAAAGAACUAGAUCUUACUUUCGUUAUUGCAACACAAACCUUUUAUCUUACUUUCGUUAUUGCGCAAAACUUAUGUUUUAAAUUCGUUUCAUUCGUUUGUUAGUUCUAUCAUUACACCGGGGCCGGGGCCGCUGAUUUUUUCCGGUUUCAUCAAAAACACAAAACGAUUCUAAAGAUGAUGUCUGCAAUCGAAUUAUGGCAAGUUUCGAGCCACCAGAUUUUUCGCUAGCUGUGUGAAAAUGUACAACCCUGCUAUUCUAGAAACAUGCCAGCGACGAAAAAGCGUGCUUGAGCUGCUUGCAAAACGGAGCCGCUGUAACGGCGGCGACAGAAUCCUCGCGUUUUCGAUUUUAUCUGAAAUGCCGACAUAGUCAGCGUAAAGAUUUCGGGUGUCGCCAGACGGUGCAACGUG